AAACAGCAGCGGCGGCCGUUGGGGGAAGAGAGUAAAUAGAGAGAGAAGCCUCAAGAUGGCUGACUCGCUGGGCUCCGCUCACCUCACCGGAGCUGCUACUGCGGUAGCCCCGGCGGUCGCCUCCGCCAAAAGCCCGCUCGUCAAGCCGACCGAGCCGAAGGCAGCCCCCGACAACCGCUCUCACCAGUCUUCCCGGGAUUUCAGCUCACCACCGCCCAAGAAGGUCCGAGUGGAGGAGAGGAGCGUUAAACCCAAGAAACUCAGCAGGGACACAGGAGUGGGAGGCAACGGUAGCGGCAAAGAGAAACUCCAGCAGCCGCGGAGUUAUGGCAGCGGCAGCGCGGGCUUGUGGAGCGGCAGCCCCGUUAAGACGAGCAGCAGCAACCCUGGAGCUCAAACACCGACAAACACACAUAAAGUCUUCAGACAGAGCGAUUUCUUCCUCCACAAAGCGCCUAAAAAACCGAGUAAAGAUAAACAGCGGGAGAAAGAGAGGAAAGAGGGGAAAGGCGGCGCAGAGGAGAAAAAGAAACAUAAACUGUUGGUGACCUCCGCACCUGGGAGUAAUGUUAACGAUAUCACCAGAAUUAAUAACACUUCUGCAGCGAAGAGAGAAAACGGGGACGUCAUAAUGCCACCCAAAGAGCCCUCCAAUAAGGUGAAAGAGAGAGAGCGAGAGGAGAGGGAGAAGAAGAAGGUCAAAGACAGAGAAAGAGAGAAGAAGAAGCACAAAGUGGUAAACGAGAUCAAGAGGGAGAACGGAGAAGUCAAGCAGCCGAUUAAAGAUGAAAAAGAGAAAGCAAAGAUCAACUCAGAGGAGCUGCAAAUCAAAAAAGUGAAGAAGAAAAAGAAGAAGAAACACAAAGAGGGGGAGAAGCACAAACGAGUGAAGAUGUACCACCGCUCCUGUCAAACCGUUUGUGCUGGCCUGCUGCUUCUCCCUUCAUCCUCUCCACCUCCCACCCCCUCUUCCCCAGCCUCUAAUCCCACUCAGAACUCCUCACUGUCUCCUUUCAAGUCCCCUCUACCUGUUUACCCUCCGCCUAAUAACAAAACUGCACAUCUUUUACCUUCCUCUCCUACUCUUACCCCCAAAUCUCUCUUAAACUGCACUCUCCUCAACUCUCUCAACUCCCCAUCUUCCUCCACGAAGACACCACAACCUUCACCAAUCAAACUGCAGCGGCAGUGCUCCUAUCCUGGCAUGGCGGGGCUGGAGUUUGCCCCUUACAUCCACAUAGAGCACCAGCCUAACGGAGGAGCCCUGGUGGCCCACGCCUACACGUCACAGCUCUCAUCUCUCUCCAUGAGCCAGAGGCAGAGAUUUGCCCAGGAGUUUGUCACCUUGGCUUUCAGCGAGGACUCAUCCCAGGCAGCUCAUUACGUCAUGGGAAUUGUCCACGGAGAAGCCGGUUACCUGCCUGACUUCUUGGAUUACUUCUCAACCAAGUUCCCAUCAGCUCCAGUCAAAAUGGAAAUACUGGGAAAGAAGGACAUAGAAACCACCACUAUGGUUAAUUUCUACUCUCAGGUGAAGAAAACGUACAGUAAUGGUACUUACAGAGCCGGAGCAAUGAGACAGAUCAGCCUGGUGGGUGCCGUGGACGAGGAGGUCGGGGAUUACUUCCCAGAAUUCCUCGGCAUGCUGGAGGAGUCGCCCUUCCUGAAGCGGACGCUCCCGUGGGGAACGCUCUCCAGUCUGAGGCUGAUGGAUCCCACAGAGAGUGACGACGGUCCUAUAAUGUGGGUCAGACCAGGAGAACAGAUGAUACCUGUAGCUGAUAUACCAAAGUCCCCUUUUAAAAGAAAACGCUCCACCAAUGAGGUGAAGAACCUGAUGCAGUCGCUGCCCAGGACCAGCGAGCCCAGAGAGAUGCUGUUUGAGGAUCGGACUCGGGCCCACGCUGAUCACAUCGGACAGGGCUUCGAACGGCAAACCACAGCAGCCGUGGGGGUGCUGAAGGCUGUACGGGCCGGAGAAAGCUCAGAGCCUCCUCGUGUAACCAAAGACGUCGUGUGUUUCCAUGCUGGCGAUUUCCCUCAAGUGGUUCAGAGGCUGCAGUUGGACUUGCACGAACCUCCGCUGUCUCAGUGCGUGCAGUGGGUGGAUGAUGCCAAACUGAAUCAGCUGCGCCGCGAGGGCAUCCACUACGCCCGCAUCCGGCUGUGCCACAAUGACAUCUACUUCAUCCCUCGCAACGUGGUCCACCAGUUUAAGACCGUGUCGUCCGUCUGCAGCCUGGCGUGGCACGUCCGCUUAAGACAAUAUCACUGUGGAGAGGGAGAGGAGGAGGAGGGGGAGGAGGCGGAGGUGAAG